AUGCUUGCUUUGCCCCCUAAGGAGAGAAAAACAAAGGAGCAAAUCGCGGCUGCCGCAGCAGCAUCGGGAAGAAGCAAGAAAAAGAAAUGGGGAAAGGGAAAGAACAAGGAAAAAUUGAACCACGCCGUGUUCAUCGAUAAAGCCCUGCAGUCCAAAAUCCUGGAGAGUAAAAACAUGAAGGUCAUUACCCCCUCCACCAUCUCAGAAAAAUACAAAGUCAACUUAAGUGUGGCAAGGUCGGUUAUAAAAUAUUUAGCAGAGCAGAAUUUAAUUAAGGAGGUUUGUAUUCAGAGUCAUAGUCAGAAGUUGUACACAAAGGUUGCCUAG